UAUUUUCACUUAUCCAAAAAAAUCCAUGCCUGUUAUCCUCUUCUGUUCCUCGAAACCUCGCCAUGGUUCCUUAACAUUCUCACCCCACCUCACUCACCCAACAGCGACACACACAAUGGCCAGCAUCCUCGUAAGAGUUCAGCCUCUGGCCACGACCUCGAAUUCUCCGAAGCUGGACAGGUCUUCCUCUCGCGGACUUGUCAAUUUUGUUCCACCCCACCACAGAAAUUGCAUCCGUCGAUCGUCCAUUUCUUGUAAAUUACACGGGAAUAAAGAUUUUGCAGUUCCGAGAAGAAAUGUGAUGGCCUUGAUCCUCGCAGGUUGCAUCCUUUCACGAACUAAUAUACACAAUAUUGCAUAUGCACAACCUGUUGGGUUCAGGGAAUACAUAGAUACCUUUGAUGGCUACUCAUUAAAGUACCCUCAGAACUGGAUCCAAGUACGUGGUGCUGGGGCCGACAUAUUCUUCAGGGAUCCUUACGUUCUAGAUGAAAAUCUCUCGGUGGAUAUAUCAUCACCUUCAUCCUCCAGUUACAAGAGCGUAGAAGAUUUGGGUUCUCCGGAUGAAGCAGGAAAGAAGGUACUUAGGCAGUAUUUGACGGAGUUCAUGUCUACUAGACUUGGUGUUAGGCGUGAAUCAAGUAUUCUUUCUACCUCUUCAAGGGUAGCUAACGAUGGAAGACUAUAUUACGAAGUGGAGGUGAACAUAAAGUCAUACGCGAACAACAAUGAAUUGGCUGUCAUGCCAGAGGAAAGGGUGGCCCGUCUGGAAUGGGAUCGGCGCUAUCUUUCAGUUCUUGGAGUUGAGAACAACCGAUUAUAUGAAUUAAGAAUACAGACACCCGAGAAAGUAUUUGUGGAAGAGGAAAGUGACAUUCGCGAGGUUAUGGAUUCUUUUAGAGUAAACAAGGUGUCUAUUUGAUGAUCAUCUCUUCGAAGGUGUCUAUUUGAUGAUCAGUAUGGCAUUACUAGAUUCUUGCUAUCAUCCAUGUUUCAAAUUCAUGUUUACUUUGUUCCUAGGAAUGUAUCCGAGUAUGUAAGAUAACAAGAAAAAACUAGUAGAAUGUAUGACUGUGUACACCUGUCGUUUUGUUGCCUUCUUGAUUUUGUGACAGCAAUGUGUUAACGUUGUUAAACAUAUAUUUUGAUUUUGUGACAGCAAUUGUAUUAAUGUUGCUAAA